AUGGCGGAGAUCAUUCCCGUGACCGAGUUCCCCGACUACGCCGUCGACCCAACGGGCGGCGACCCUCUUACCCAUGACCUCAAUGCCCCGUACGACAAGGGCGAUCUGUGCUGGGUGUUGGUCUGUACGGUCUUCUGCUGGCAGAUCACGCCGGCUAUCGGGUUCUUGUACGCGGGAAUGCACCGAAGAAAGUCGGCGUUGACGAUGAUCUUCCAAUCGUUGUUCUGUGCAUGUGCCUGCGGUCUUCAGUAUUGGCUCUAUGGCGCGUCUCUGUACCAAUCGCGAGUUUCGAAUCCGAUCUUGGGCGACCUUUCCCUUGGUGUCUUUCACAACCUCCUCGCAUCUCCAUCUUUCGCCAACUCCGACAUUCCAGACAUCUUGUAUGCGGCCUUUGGGUUCACUUUUGUCACGGCGACUGCCAUGAUCUUGGCCGGUGCGAUGCUUGAGCGCGGCCGUCUCUGGCCCAGCAUGCUCUUCAUUCUCUGCUGGACAACUUUCGUCUACUAUGUUUUGGCACAUUGGGAGUGGAAUCCCAGUGGAUGGCUUUACAAGCUCGGCCUCUACGACUUCGCUGGCUCUGGCCCCGUCCAUAUCGCCAGUGGUUUUGGCGCCCUCGCGUGGUCGAUGAUGCUUGGCCCCCGCAUUAGCGAUGAUGCUGCGACAAAGAAGAAGUACGCGCCUCACUUCAAACCACAUAACCCCUUGUUGAUGGUUCUCGGGACCAUUCUUAUCUGGUUCGGAUGGUUCGCUUUCAACGGUGCGAGCACAGCCAACCUCAGCCUGCGGUCCAUCUACGUCGUUGUCAACACCAACUUUGCUGCGUGUGGCGGCGGUAUAACAUGGGUCCUUCUCGAUUACUUCUACACUAAGAAGUUCAGCCUGGUCGGUUUCUGCUCCGGAAUCAUUUCUGGCCUGGUUGGCAUCACCCCAGCAGCCGGAUUUGUCCUUGUAUAUGUUUCGCCUCUCGUCGGUGUUCUUACAGCCGUUUGCUCCUUCUUCACCGUCCGGUACCAGUACCUCCUCCGCGUCGACGACGGUCUCGACAUCUUCGCGAUCCACGGGGUCGGUGGAUUCGUGGGAGAUAUCCUGACCGGAUUGUUCGCUCACAAGAUGGUACCUGCUCUCGAUGGAGUCAGCAACACCUACGAUGGAGGCUGGUGGAAUGGUCACUGGCGUCAACUCGGUUUGCAGCUCGCUGGUGCUACUACUUGCGCCGCCUGGUCUUUUUUCGUCUCCUGCAUCUUGCUUUUCGCCAUCAACAAGAUUCCCGGAAUGCACCUCCGCGCUACCGAAGAAGAUGAGAUUCGCGGGCUCGAUUUCGCGUACAUCGAAGACGCCAUCUCGGAUUACGACAGUGGAGAUCUGCUUAUCCACAACGGGCAAGUCGUUGAAGCGUCUCCUAGGGAGACGAGCGUGUCAAAGAGUGCUUAA